UGGUCUGUGCCAGUUCUGUUUAAUCGAUACAUAAAAUAGUUAACUAGAAAUUAAAUAUUUAUUUUUAGAAUACCCGUUUCAACAAUAAUGAACCUCGCAAAUAAAUGUAGAACUUGUUUAGGCAAUGAUGAGGACAUGCGCGAUAUACAUAGUUGUGUUGCGAUUGCCGGCGAAAAUAUUUGUCUAUCAGAUAUUUUAGAAAACUUUUAUGAUUAUAAGGUUCCACCAGAUGACUUUUAUCCACGAAACAUUUGCAUAAAUUGUGUUCAUCAACUAACAAUAACAUAUUCCUUCAAAGUUCUCAUAGAAACUAGUGCUAGAAAAUUAUCCGAGAAUGUAAAAAACUUAGACACCAAUGUUAACAGUUAUUGUGAAUCAUUCUAUGAAUCUGAUCACAGAGAUGAACCACAAAUGAAAAGUUACAAAACAAAGAAGAGAAAAUGUAGAGAACCAAUCGGAAAGUCACAAGCUAACGUUACAGAAAACGAAUUGCAAACAAUAUUUUGUGUGGAAUGUAAAGCAGAUUUUCCUUCAGUAAGAGCACUUGGUGAACAUUGUAUUAACAAUCACCCUAUAAAAUGUACCAUCGGAAGAGAUUGUGAAUAUUGUGAUGAGAAAUUUGAAGACUUUCGCACCCUCGUCCUACAUAGAAAGCUACACAUGAGGCCAUACUUGUGUGAAAAUUGCUGGGAAGGAUUUUAUAACUUAAAUGAUUUGAACUCCCAUUCUUGUGAGCCAAAUAUUAAUAGAAAAGAUAAAAACAAGACUGAAAGAGUGCUAAGACAAUGUGAUCAGUGUGGCAAAUCUUACCCACCAGGCUAUAUCAGAAUCCACAUGUUGACCCACAGCAAUAAACAUCCAUAUAGUUGUAAAUUCUGUCCAAAGAAAUUUAAAGUCCCAGGUGGACUCCAUUCCCAUAUAUUGUGGAACCACAAAAGAACUAGAAAUCAUAAAUGUGAAGUUUGCAAUGCCACAUUUAUUUCAUCUAGCUCAAGGAGUUCACAUAUUCGAAAGAACCAUUUGAAAGAGAAAAAGUAUGGCUGUGAUAAUUGUGGCAAAAGAUUCUUCUCAAAAUCUGAACUGCAAAGACAUUCUUUGACCCAUACUGGUGUUAAAAACUUCCAUUGUCAUUUGUGUGAUAAAUCAUACCAAACUCGGUAUGGUUUAAAUGUCCAUCUGAAAUCACACUCACAAACACAAAUUAAUGUUACAAAUUUAUAAACAUCCAUUGCCAAGGUCCAUUAUUGGUAUCAAUCUUCCUUUUCAUGUCUGUUACCGAGGGUACUGAAUUUCCAUUAUGCAAUUCACUUAUGAUGGUU